CUUAUUCAACUUUAGCGGUACCCAGGGUUAACUGACCCUAAUGAAGCUUUAAAAAUUAUACAUUUAUGGUCCGAUAUCGCUCUCGUCUUCUGAUUGUCUUACUCGUAGUUGUAUGGAUUUUGUGUUCAUCCUUCAUGUUUAAUAAUUAUAAAGAAAGCCUGAAAAAUGUAGCACAUGUGACAUUUCCAUCUGAAGUGUCAAAUCUCGAUAUUGGAAUUGUAUCACCGAAUUCUACUUGUCGUUACACCAAACAGAGUCAUACUAUCUGUGUGGAUGAAUUAGGAUACAUUUGUAAUUAUACUGCUUUACUGACCAAUAGUUGUUGCCCAUCUGAAAUUUUCAAAUGGCGCUUUGCUUGUCAUACAUGCAAAGAUAAUCAUUGUUGUUCUGUCUAUGAACACUGUGUUUCUUGUUGUUUGGAUCCGAUUAAUAAAUCUCUGUGGAAUCAAGUUAUUCAAAAUACCAAUGCUAACAGUAGACGACAUCUACGGUUAGCUACGGACGCAUUUGAAUUUUGUUCUGCAGUCUGUAGAACUUCUUCACUAACUGUUUUACAUGAAAAUCGAUAUCGUAAUUCAGCAGAAAAUUAUUUAAUUAUGUCAUCGGACAACUUUAAAAAUUUGGCCUAUUACCUUUUAACUGCAAAUUAUUCCUCAAAUCAAAAUAAGUUGACACAACCGCCCAGUAAUAAUGACAACAACAACAACAGUAACAACAAAAUUAAUAGUCCUCAUACUGAAAAUUUUCAAAAGAAAUCAUUACAACACAUUACCACAACUGCAGCUGUCAACAAUAAAACUGUCUCCAAUGGAUUGUCAAAUGCGAAUAAUUCAUUGCCAAUAUUGUCAAAUAAUAUACAACGAAAAAAGCAUUACAGUUUUUUAAUAACUAUGUUAAACCGUGACAGUCUAUUGCCAGAGUCAUUAUGGCAUAGAGUUUAUCAUCAAUUAUGUGGAGAUUUUGUCCAAGAACUGCAUUCUUUUGAACCAAAUCUUCAUGAAUCAGUAUCUUCAAUUUCUUCUUUCGCUGACCUAGCGAUUUCAUGUUUGGGUCGUUCAUUCAGUCUGAAUCAUAAUAUUAUUCAUCUAAAUGAUAUCGCAUCUUUGGAGUUAUUCAACGACAAUCCUGUUAGUAAUAAGGAAACUAGAGAACGUGUAUUAUCAUGCCUAACGGAAGCAUUUGCAAAUGCCCUGUCGAAGAAUCCAGUUCAUUUGCUUCACAAAAAAUGCAAAGUGAAUUCAGGAGCUGGAGAAUCUUAUGUCAAAACAUUUCGUAAAAUGUGCAAACAAGUCUUAGAAAGUUGUCUAUCACAAUUUGAAGCCAACUACUUGGUAAGUAAUCCAACACGUUAUCUAGAUGAUGUCAAUUUUUUUAAAGUAUCUCUGGAACUUAUGCAGUUAAUGAUCAUAAGGUAA